AAUGCUUUGUAUGUUAUAAAUACAUGUGCAUACACACACCAAAUGGCACCCUCAUACUGUGUGAAUGAGAAUAAAGAGUGUGUGAAAUGGGUUGAAACAUACUUCAAAGACUGUCUUUGCGAUAUGAGAGAUGAUAUAUCAUUCAGUUUGGGAGUCAUGAGUUUAGUAUUAUGGGGAGUUGCUGAAAUUCCUCAGAUUAUUACUAUUUUCCGCAACAAGUCAAACCAUGGAAUUUCCCUUGCAUUUCUUGUCACUUGGGUUGCAGGAGACAUAUGCAACUUGGCAGGUUGCCUAUUGGAACCAGCAACGUUACCUACACAGUUUUACACAGCAAUGCUUUAUGCAACCACUACUUUCAUAUUGCUACUCCAAAGCUUAUACUAUGAUCACAUCCUCACCUGGUGCAAACGUCGUCAGAUCAAGACUAAUGAAGAAGACAAAAGACUCCUGAAACCAAAACCUUCAGCAAACAAAUUUAUUCACGACUCAUCUUCUGAUGAUGAUGAAGAAUCUUCUCAAGUUGCGUCUAAAAUCGCUACAAACAAGCCUUGGUCCAUACCAUGUUCAAUAGAUAAAUGUUAUGGUACAUUUCUAGCUACAUCCAUUAUCUUGCCCUUGAAGGGUAAUGCUAUGAGAAUUACUGGAAUAAAGCUCUUUCAGGAGAGCGAGAUACAUAGUACAUACGGACAAUCUUUGGGAUGGAUCAUGGCUGCUAUCUAUACAUGUAGUAGGAUUCCUCAAAUACGGCUAAACAUUAAAAGAGGCAGUGUGGAGGGCUUAAAUCCUUUCAUGUUCGUCUUUGCGUUGAUUGCUAAUGCCUCUUACGUGGGAAGUAUUCUUGUAAGAACUACAGAAUUGGAAAGCUUGAAAGCUAAUAUGCCAUGGAUGUUGGAUGCCACAAUUUGUGUAGCACUAGACAUUUUUAUAAUAUCACAGUACAUCUACUAUCGAUACUUUCGCGGCAGAGAGGCGAGUAGUGAUGAUGAAGAAUAUUUGUUGAAGUAGGAAAAGUUUAUCUAUUUUAAUUAUUUGUGUAGCUGUGAUGUAGUCAAAUUGAGCCAUUUACAAGGCUAAGGUUUGGAUUAUGGAGAAGAUGUGCAUUACAGAUAUUCUAGGGACUGUAUGAAACAUGAACUUAAAGAAGACAUGAUAGUGGAUAUACCAUACUAAAUAAUUGUUUUGUUGAUCCAGUCACAUGAAAUGUUUGUAAGAGACUGUAGUUUCUUUUGUAGUUUGAAUCUCUGUAUUAAGGUUUUUA